CACUUUUUCUUCCUUCCUUUUGUCCUCUUUCGUCCCAUUGCAAAUAACUACUAUAUAUAGAGAUAUUCCAGGUGUACGCUUCGAACGGACAGGGUCCUUCGACUGUCCCUAUCUUCGUUUACAGGUAUGUACUAAACAAGCUGAUUGUAUGUCGUGGAUGGAGUUCACAUGCCUUGAAGUUUUGCAAGGUAAAAUGGAUCUUGUUAUUGAGAAUUUACCCUUGGAGAACGGGAAUGAUUUACUGCAGCAAAUAGGUGCAGAUAAUGCAAGAAGUGUGCUUCAAUAUUUGGAGACACCUGCUGAUCUUGCUCGUAUUUCUGCUGUCUCACGGUUUUGGAGGCACUUUGUUGCUGAAAACCAAUGUUCUAGAGGGCUUUGCAUCAAACUAUUUCCAGAAGUGUCUAGGUUUGUAUGCGCUUUUGAAAUUGGACAGCAAGUCAAUUUUGAAGGAGCCAGUUUGAGCAAGGUCACAGAAUGGAAGAAUAUAGAGAGAGAGCACAGGGUCUACACACAAUUAGCACGAGAUCUUAUGGAACCUGCAACUGAAAAUAAUUGUAUUCAGCACCCUAUCAGUGCAUCUAGCACUGACAUCUUUCCAGAUGAGAGCAUUAUGUAUACUUUACAUCCAUCGGCUAUUGAAGAUGACAGACCAUCCUAUUGGUCAAGUCAAGGAGAGAGUAAUUCUGAUGUUCCUGAAACGUUGACUUACAGGUUGAGCUCUAGAUUAUGUGUAGUCCAUGAAGUCAAAAUACACCCAUUUCAAGCCUACUUUCAGAUGGGAUUACCUAUAUAUUCAGCAAAAGCAGUUCGUAUACGGUUGGGUCGUACUAGAUCAUCAACAUUGCUUACUUCUGGAAUGCUUGAUGGGAUGAUGUCAGCUGAUAGGUCUGCAAGUGAGGACUAUGUUUGGACAUAUAUAUCACCUGAGUUCCCAAUGCAGCAGGAGGAUAAACUUCAAACAUUCAGACUACCAAAGCCAGUCUUAUGCAUUGGGGGUAUCUUGCAGAUUGAAUUGCUGGGAAGAGUACAGAGACAAGAAAUGGAUGGGUUAUAUUAUAUAUGUGUUUGUCAUGCACGAGUUGUUGGAAGGCCUCUUCCUGCUGCAUAUGAUUUUGAGGCUUUAGAUCAAGAAGAGAAAUACAUUCUAAAAUACUCAGACAGACUUGAGUGUUGUGGUUCAUUGUCAGAGGAUUUGUCAAGAGGAUCUUCUGAAGAAUAUGAAGCUGGUGGUUCAUCUGGUUGGCUUUCUCUUUCAGAAAGGAUAAGACGGAUAAGAGCUGGGAGGGUCCUUCUUUGGAACCAGUCAAUUCUCAAAGCAUUGUUGGGCAAUAUAGUAGCAGCCAUUUUGAUGAUUCCAGAUGAUGAGGAUUCAGAUGGAGAUGAUGACAUAUUGCGUGACUGAUUAAAUCGUGCACUAGCUCAUUCUGAAAUCUAUAUAUGUUGUUUAAAAGGAAAUAAAUUACUUUCUUUGUAAUUAAAUUUCUCUUGUUUUUGUUUUUAAUUCUUUUUGGAUUUAUGUUCUCAGAUAUGCAAAUCCGUAAGGAUGAGCAUAAGCACAGACUUCAGUCUCCAAGCGAGAGUCAAAACACAAUGCCUUUGCAAUGUAACCAAAUAUGAUAAUAACUGCUACGGUUCGUGUUGAAUGCUGGUUGUAGGGACUGUUGAUGGAGUGUUUGUUUUUACUGAAGACUUUUGCAUGAUUGGAAGCAAUUGAGAGCUUAUCCAAAAGCUGAAAUAGAAAUUUAUGUACCUCA